AUGGCGUCCGACCAAGACGUUAGUUAGCUUCUGUAGAUACCAAAAAAAAAAAUAGGCAAGCUGAAAAGGGAUAUAAUCACUCAGUGAUACUUUACCGAACUUUUACAAGAUGAUGUAAAGAAUGAUUUGGAGGAAGAGGAAGAAAAGAAGUAAUAAGAUUUUUUGCUGAAGUGAUAAGGACACAUCUGCCAUAAUGGCAGACGGGAAAUAUAAGUGUCAUGAUUGUCACAUGACUUUUGAUUCUACGCAACUUCUACAGAAGCACAAAAAGAAGUUCUGUGUUGGUGGAAACAUCGGAGACCCUGACAACCUCAUGCUGAGAAAAGGGCUGUGGUCUGCGGGCACCCCCUCCCCAACCCCUCAUUCUCCUGAUGUUAGGAAAGCUGAGAAGAAGCUGUCCUCUUCAUCUUACUUAGUGGCGGAACUGAAAAAUUAUAAGGAGAAACACAAUAAGAUGCGGGAUUUGCGCCACCUAGAGGAGAGGAUGUUGCUGGACACUUUGGAGGACACGGACCAAAAGCUGGGGCGGUCACCACGCCGCCCUAGUCGUGCCAGGUCAUACCUUCAUCUCUCAGAUGACCAGGAGGUCAGACAGCUGCAACUGGAGUAUGAGAAUUUGAAAGAAAACUUAACCACAGAACGUCACCAACGUCCAGUCAUGGAGCCGGUUGAAGCUAGACCACGCAAGAGUUAUCAACCUGUUGUACAGCACACUAACCGCCGAUCACGCCAGGAUAAUCGGUCUGUCAUGUCCAAUGCUAGCAUGAGCAUUCAUCUUGAUGAUGAUAGAAGGAAGAAGGAAUACCAGAAAUACAAUCCUAACCAGGACUCACAGCUCCGACAGCUGGCAGAAAACCACGGUCGGCAAAUGGAGUACCUCCAAAUCAAAAACAGGGACCUGGAAAAACAACGUGAAGAUAUCAGACGACGUCUGGAAGAGUUGGCCAACAAAGGGAGUAAGCCACAACCUACAGACAAUACAUCACAACUUCUGUCAGAACUUCGUGCCCAGGAAGAACGUAACAAGAUGGCUCUGGAUGAUCUCAGAAGACAGCUUUAUGACAUCCACGGUCAACGUGUCAACUUCAUCAAGGCAACAAGUCUUCUUGAAAAUAUGGAGGCAUCCAUGGACAUACUUGAAGCGUUGGAAUACAAGCUUUUAGAUGAUCCAGACUCUCAGAAAGCACAGGAAGUGAUGGUGACUGGACUAGAGAAUAAAGGAGGUGUACAGACUGGUCAGGCAGGCAAGGGGAGAGAACUAGGGAGGACCACCCCAGGGUCAAGGGCAACACAUCCAAAACUAUCAUGUUAUUCCAGCUCUACAGAAGUCCGAAGAAUUAUUGCAGAAUCCGGGGGCACUGCAGAAAGACUCAAUGCUGGUUCAGCAGAGAUGAUUUCCCCAUUACAGGAAAUUUCAAGUAAAAUGGAAUUUCGCGGCUUGAGCUCUGAAAGACGAGACAACAUUCAAAAUGCAACCGUUCAUAAUAUGAAUGAUAGUAGGGAUUCUGAACAAAGUUUUCCAGAGCAGAGACGUGUAGAAAAAUAUAAAACACUGUAUAGACAUGUGGAAAAUAUGAAAGAGAGACUGGCUCUGGGAGGAUGUCAGCAGAGUCAUCAGCCUCGAACUCUGUACCAACAAUUGAGUGGCCAGUACAAUACUCGCUUAUCUUCCUGUCAAACCUUCCCUGGUCAGUCUUACCCGUACUCUAGUCAUCCUUACCCCAGUCAUCUUCAUCAUUUCACUAAUCAACCCAGGGUCCAACUGCUUCAGACAUGUCACCAAAGGUUUGCCAUAGAGUUGCUGUUCAAUGUUAACCAAUUCCGUAUUCAUAUAGAAUUCUAUGCUGUUGAAUAUUAA